CCCACCUGCAGCCGCAUCGCAAAGCUGAGCUUGCGCAGCGGAGCACGCCGACAAGCAUGCGGGAGGACGAAGGGGUCGUGGGUGGGUCAGCCGGUGGCCUCGCCUCCGUAGGGUCGCCGAUAGUGGAGGCCGGCCCGAAGGCGGAGGCGGCGAAGCUGCUGCCUUUCCUGGCGCUCGGGGCGCGGGCUGACCUGCAGGCGGCGGCGGCGCAGCAUGUGCUGGCGCUGACCGGCUCGGGGCCCGGCCGCACGCUGCUGGCCGGCCAGGCGGCACUGCUGCGGGCUCUGGUCGAGCUGGCGGUGGCCCCUCCUCCCGCCCCGGCCCGAGACGCCGCUCGCGCGCUAGUCAAUUUGGCCGCCGACCCUGGUCUGCACGAGCCGCUGCUGGCGGCCGAGCCCGGACUACCUGCCCGCCUGCUGGGCUGCGCUUUGGACCCACAGUGGCCCUGGGCCGAGGAGGCGGCCGCCGUGCUGGCUAACCUCAGCCGCGAGCCGGUGCCAUGUACUGCGCUGAUGGCGGCGCUGGCGGCCGCUGAGCCCGGGGAGUCGGGCCUGGAGCGGCUGGUGCUCGCGCUGUGCACUCCCGGCUACAACGCCCGCGCGCCCCUGCACUACUUGGGGCCGAUGCUCUCCAACCUCAGCCAGCGUCCUGCGACGCGCGCUUUCCUGCUGAAUCACGACAGGUGCGUGGUCCAGCGGCUGCUGCCCCUUACCCAAUACCCGGACUCCUCGGUGCGCAGGGGCGGGGUGGUGGGGACACUGCGAAACUGCUGCUUCGAGCACCGACACCAUGAGUGGUUGCUUGGGCCUGAGGUGGACAUUCUCCCCUACUUGCUACUGCCCCUGGCUGGGCCUGAGGACUUCUCCGAGGAGGAGAUGGAGCGGCUGCCCGUUGACCUUCAGUACCUGCCACAAGACAAGCAGCGAGACCCUGACGCCGACAUCCGCAAGAUGCUCAUUGAGGCCAUCAUGCUGCUGACGGCCACGGCACCUGGUCGGAAGCAGGUGAGGGACCAGGGAGCCUACUUGAUCCUGCGCGAGCUGCACAACUGGGAGCCAGAGCCCGAUGUGCGGGUGACUUGUGAGAAACUCAUCCAGGUUCUCAUUGGGGAUGAGCCAGAGCAUGGCAUGGAAAACCUGCUGGAGGUGCAAGUACCUGAGGAUAUUGAGCGACAGCUGCAGCAGCAGGACCGCCAGGAGCAGAGCAGCGCGAGCGGUGCGGCAGCAGCUGGAGCUGUGGCCCCAGAGACGCGCGCAGAGGGAGCUGCACCCACCUGAGGCCCGCGAAGCCUGCCGCCAGCCCUGGGCCCACCUCUGCUCGCCAUCCGUCCAGGCCUCCCAGACCGGGUCUGUGUGCAGCCGCCCGCAGGCCUCUGGGUCCCCUGGCUCUGAGGGUGCGCCUUGCUGAGAAGCAGAGCUGUUCUUAAGCUCCAGGUCUUUGCUGAGGGUUGAGGGUGCCUCCCUGUGCCCUGUUGGCUCCAGGAAGAAGGCUGGUUGCUCAGAGGAGGACUGUUCAGCCAGAGCUGGCCCAACCCUGUGACUUGCUCAGGUAUCUCCACGGGGAUGGCCAGCAGGGCCGGACAGAAAAACACUGCAAGCCCGAGGGGCUAGCUGGAGCUUCCCAGUCCCAACGGUGCUACGGGGGUCUGGGCAUAGGGGGGCACCCAGGUGCUUGCAGUGCCCCUUGGUACCAGUCCCACCCCAGGCCCCUCCAUCCUGGGGCCCUGCCGGAGACCCAGCCUCAAAGGGCUCACCUGUUGAGGUUUUCACCAGCCACAGCCUGUCGUGGGGUCUAGCCAGGGCUGCACCCCUGUGGCCUGUCCUCGGAGCACUUGCUGGGCGUUGCCUCCCCUUCAUGCUCCCCACCUUUCCACUUGACCUGUGCCCAAACCUGCCCUCCGCUCUUUGCAAGCUCCUCAAGUCCUAUUUCCCAGUCCUGGACUGAGCUGAUGCCCUCGCUCUCCCCCGCUAGCUGGGCCCUCUCGCUGGUCAGCCUGCCUGAGCCUCAGCUCCCCAGAGCCCCUCGCCUGCCGAGCUGAGAGCCUCCCUGAUGUGCCUGCAGCCUUGCCCUGGGCUCUUCUUUCCCCUGACCACCCUCCAAAGCUGGAGACCGUCCCCUGGCACGCCCAUCAAGGCUGGCUUCUUCAUGGGUGCCAGGUGCCUCCCUCCUCUGCGGUCCCCUCUCUCUUCCCUCCCUCCCCCCAGAUAAGUGAAAGCUCUGGCCUGGAGGUGUGUGGACUGUUUUCCAGAUGCCCCAAGGCCCGCGGCCCUCUUCCCGCGUUGAGAAGUCCACACCGUUGGCUCCACAGAAUAAACGCUCUGUUUGGCCUUGCCCCCACCGUCCCGCCCGCCCUCAGUUAACCAAGUAGUGUCCAGGCACGGUCCGGAUGGCAGACAUGGAGCGUGGCGACAGCGGACGCCUGGAGGGGCUCACCGCGCGACUGGCCGUCUCCGUGCUCCAGAGUCCCAGCCCGGCAGGGUCGCACCUCGUCUCGGGGGAGACUCCGUGGGCUCGGGCGCCGGACCAGAGGCACUCUCAAGGGGGGUGCACUGUUGCUGGGGUCGCCGCAGGUGCAGGAGCGGCCUUGGGGGAUCUGAGUCCGCGCUGGGCUCCACGUUGUCCGGGGACGUUGGGAGCUCACACUCCUCGGGCUUCUUUGCAACUGACCAGAGUGGGAGGGUCAGGUGGGGCGCUGAGGAGCCGCCCACCUGCCCACACUGGUGGGCAUGCAGCACCUGGUGUGACGCCGCCGAGCACGGUGCGGAAGAGCGUAUGUGCGGCGGGCAGCCUCCCGUGCUGCGCGGCCACCUGCUGCAGGCCCAGGCGCGCUCGCGGGCGCAGCUGGCGCAGGCCUCGGAUCAGGUCCUGGCACUCUGCGGGUGAGGGCUCAAGGAUGCGGCCUACAGGUGCCACUGCCCUCUCGCGCCCCAGCCCGCAGCCAUCACGGCCAACAAUGCUGGCAGCUUGGAGGUGUCAUCCCGUUCAGUCUUCCCAGACGGCCGUAGGGUGUCCGUGUUUCACACGUGGGGAGACAGGCAGAGAGAGGUGAGGCGCCCUGCCCUGGGCUAGCGCAGGGUUCAGGCUUAGCGGGGCCGCCAACACAUUUCCACCUCUCUGGACCCAGCUCUCUCUUGCCGCCCACCUGGGUGCGGGCUGGGACCGGGGAGGGACACAGGGUGGAGGCGCUCACCUGGGGACAGGCCUGGCCGUAAGGUGGAGCCCUGGCGCAUCAGGUACCGCAUGCGGUGGGGCUGGCGCUCCUUGAAGGGCAGGUUCCCGGUCACCAUGGCGUAGAGGAUGACACCUCUGGGGGCGUGGGCUUCCCAGGGCGUGCCCCCUCCCCUCCCCUCCCCUCCCUAGGGGUCCUGGAGCCUGUGAGGUGGUGCUCCCCGGCUCCACGGGUCAGCCUGCUCCCCGCUGUACUUGCUCGUGAGGACCUCCAGGGCUGUGUAGGCCACAGAGCCGCAGAAGGUGCUCAGCCGCGAGUUCUUAAGCCCCUACCGAUUGGCAAAGCCGAAGUCUGCAGGGGGCAUA